AUGCAGCACUACGGGGUGAAUGGCUACUCUCUGCACGCCAUGAAUUCACUCAGCGCCAUGUACAACCUGCACCAGCAGGCAGCCCAGCAAGCCCAGCACGCCCCUGACUACCGGCCAUCGGUGCACGCGCUUACACUGGCUGAGCGCCUGGCCGGCUGUACAUUUCAAGACAUCAUCUUGGAAGCCCGCUAUGGCUCCCAGCACCGUAAACAGCGUCGCAGCCGCACAGCGUUCACAGCCCAGCAGCUUGAGGCCCUGGAAAAAACAUUUCAGAAGACCCACUAUCCAGAUGUGGUGAUGCGUGAGAGGCUGGCCAUGUGCACAAACCUGCCUGAGGCCCGGGUGCAGGUGUGGUUCAAGAACCGCAGGGCUAAGUUCCGGAAGAAGCAGCGCAGCCUGCAGAAAGAACAGCUCCAGAAACAGAAGGAGAUGGAAGGCUCCCACGAGGAAGGCAACAUCAAGCCCCCAACCCCAGACGCUCAGCUGGAGGCAGACCAGGCCCCAAGUCUGCCCAGUGGUGAUGCCCCUGCUGAGCUUCACCUGAGCCUGUCAGAACAAUCGGCUAGUGAGUCAGCCCCUGAGGACCAGCUGGACCGUGAAGAGGAUCCCCGGGCUGGGGCUGAGGAUCCCAAAGCUGAGAAGAGUCCUGGAGCUGACAGCAAGGGGCUGGGUUGCAAGAGGGGCAGCCCCAAGGCAGAUUCCCCGGGCAGCCUGGCCAUCGCUUCUGCUGCCCCCGGGGGCGGCCUCCUGGGCCCCUCGCACUCCUAUUCCUCCUCCCCGCUGAGCCUCUUCCGUCUGCAGGAGCAGUUUCGCCAGCACAUGGCAGCCACCAACAACCUGGUUCACUACUCGUCCUUUGAAGUGGGGGGCCCGGGCCCUGCUGCGGCUGCCGUGCCCUACCUGGGUGUCAAUGUGGCCCCGCUGGGUUCCCUGCACUGCCAGUCUUAUUACCAGUCUCUUUCCGCGGCCGCUGCUGCCCACCAGGGCGUGUGGGGGUCCCCGCUGCUGCCUGCGCCCCCUGCAGGCCUGGCACCAGCCUCUGCUGCCCUGAACAGUAAAACCACAAGCAUCGAGAACCUGCGGCUCCGGGCCAAGCAACAUGCAGCUUCCCUAGGACUUGAUACGCUGCCCAACUGA